AAGGCUAAAACCAAGUCUAAUACCAAAACCCAGAAGCAGAAACCAAAGACCAAAUCUUGAAGUGAAAGCAAGUUUCUUUGAGCUGAAGAUGAUGAAGUCAGUCUUGCUUCGUUCAUGUCCCUCUUCUUCUUCUACUACCCUUCUCUUCAAAUCUCGCACAGAAGCUCACCCUCGAAAGAUGGCUUCAACUGUUCGUUGCUCUUCCAGAAACCAAGCUCACAUUCCCAAGCUCGAGCCUUUCAGCCGCUCCAAGUUCGAUCGCGGUCUUCAAGGCCCUACCCUUAUCGAAAAGUGCGAGAACGAGCUCUCUGAUUACUGUUCGACUCUGGAAGGAGACGAGUCUUAUGGUUGCUGGAGGGCUUACUUUGAGCUCAAAGAUCUAGAGAAAGAGACGCCGAAAGGAGAUGUGGAGAAGCUGAUAUUGCAAGCAGGGGGAAUAAAGUCAUUAGUUGGAUGUUUGCAUGGGAUUGCUGCAAUGCAAAGGGGGAAGACGUUUGGAUUCAAUUCAGCAAAGCCAGUGGAAGAAGUAAAAGCAAGGGAGAGGCUAUGUCCUAUACCAGAUGGGCUUCCUAAGACAGCUACUGAGCUAGAGGAAGAAGAGAGAUCGAAAAUGCCCGAUUCGGCCUUCACAAGGCUUCUCAGGAUCAAAGGGACUCAUCCUGCUUGGUAUUCCCAGGCUCCUGACCAUGAAACAGAUUGAUGGGUUUGUGACGUUUGUCAAAUAUUUGUGAACCAAGUUUGCAUAUGUUUUGUUAUUUUGGGUGUGUGUGUAUAUGUAGGAUUAAGAUGGUGUAGUAAUGAUGUUUGCAGCUUUAUAAGAUUUGGGAUAUUUUGGUUUAAAUUGCUAUCAACCCUUGUAAGAUUCUUUUCCACGAGGCUCAAUGAAUAAGACUUUUCAAGAGGUUGAUUCGA